UGAACCACAAAGAACGUGACGCAAACAAGCCCCCGCCAUGAACCAAUCGUAUGACAACGCAGGUUCUACCGCUUGUCCGUGGAUUUGAUAUUUAAAGCGAAACUCGAUAUGUAGCCUAUGAUAAUCGGAAUCGCCGUCACGGAAAUCACCGUCAGAAGACUCCUUUUGCCAUUUUCCACGAUUUCAAGAAGACACCAUGACUUCUUACAACAAUAAAGGGCCUCAGCCCAUUGGAGGAAAAUUCCUCAGCUUCGAUCACAUAAGAUUCUGGGUCGGAAAUGCAAAGCAGGCUGCCAGUUUCUAUCGAUGUAGGCUGGGAUUCGAGCCGUUAGGAUACCGUGGUUUGGAAACUGGUUCCAGACAAGUAGCCGCGCACGUUGUGAAACAGAACAAAAUCAUAUUCGUGUUUGAGUCUCCUUAUGAACCUUAUAAUGAGGAAAUGUCGAAACAUCUUUCCCAACACGGGGACGGCGUGCGAGAUGUGGCGUUCAGUGUUGAAGACAUCGAUACGAUCGUGAAGGUAGCCAAAGAGAAAGGUGCCAAAAUAGUACACGAUAUAUGGGAGGACAGUGACGAAUACGGUACCGUGAGGAUGGCUACCGUUAGAACUUACGGUGACACGCUGCAUACGUUCAUUGACAGGUCAAAAUACAAGGGCUUCUUUUUACCGGGUUUCAUGAGAGCACCGGAAGAUGUUCUCCUCAAGCAAUUGCCACAAUCACAUUUGAAUUUUGUGGACCAUGUGGUAGGUAACCAGCCCGACAAGCAGAUGGAACCCGUUGCGAAAUGGUACGAGGAGUGUUUGCAGUUUCACAGAUUCUGGUCGAUAGAUGAUAAACAGUUGCACACAGAAUAUUCCGCGCUGCGAUCUAUCGUGAUGACGAAUUGGGAAGAGACGGUGAAGGUGCCAAUCAACGAACCCGCGUUCGGCAAAAAACGCUCCCAGAUCCAGGAAUAUGUCGAAUAUUAUGGCGGCGCCGGUGUACAGCAUAUAGCUCUCAACACGAGCGAUAUUAUUACAGCGAUAACGAAUCUGCGUGCCAGAGGACUGGAGUUUCUCGAUGUGCCCGACAGUUAUUACGAAAUGCUCAGAAAUCGUCUGAAAAUCAAUGGCACGAAAAUCGUUGAAGACUUGGAUAUACUACAGAAAUUGAAAAUACUAAUCGAUUACGAUGAAAACGGUUAUCUUCUACAAAUAUUCACGAAAAAUAUACAAGACCGGCCGACGUUAUUCAUAGAAGUCAUACAAAGGCGCAAUCAUAACGGUUUUGGCGCUGGUAACUUCCAAGCAUUGUUCGAAGCUAUCGAAUUGGAGCAGGCAAAACGUGGAAAUUUAUAGAUUAUUAAUAUUAUUGAUAUAUUUGUAGAAUUAAUAUUAUUAUAAAACCUUUAUUUUUUUCUCUUUCUUUGCAAGUAAUAUUAGAAAAGGGCGAAAAAUGAGUAUUUUCGGUACUUAAUUAUAUAGCUAUUCUUAUAAUUUCCUAUAAUGAAAUAUCACAUUAAAAAUAUACUAUACUAAUUCUCCGCUUCAAAAUUCAUUCAGCGCGGUCACUGUCUAAAUAUCCUACUGCAUAUCAAUGAUAAUAAUUUGCGCACAUCACAAUAGAGCUGUGUGUUUUGUCGUGAUCGACAAAAAUGUCAAGGUUUCAUUUUUUCGCGUUUGUGGAAUAGAUAAUCAAUUUGUCCGAUUAAUUCCGUACUCUUGUAUAUUUAAUGGCCAACAUUUUUGUAUUACAAAAAUACACAGCAUUAAAUGUAAAAUAUGUUACAAUACAUUUUGAAGCGUAGUAAUGCAAAUAUAUUACCUGCCGUCAAAAAUCAAACUCUCCCGAUCAAUGAGACAUUUAUGUGUGUAUAUGUAUAUGUGUUGUAUGUAUGCGUGUUGUGCUAGUACGUAUAACUAAGAAAUAUAAAUUUGUUUUUCGAAA